GCGGUUCGCGGAGUCGAGCUCCGCGAGACAGAAGAAGCAUUCGACUGCGGCUGAGGCAGAGCGUACGAGCAGCGGCUGCGGGGCCCCGGGGUCUCCGGUCAAGGCGGAGGUCAAGGCACGGUACGUCAAGACCGGGGCCCGGAGAACGUCAUGGCGGAGCCGGCGGAGCCAGUGGCACCAGCGGAGCCGGCGGCGGCAGCAGCGGAGCCGGCGGUGACAGUUAAGCCAGCGGCACCAGCGGCGCCAACGGCGCCAGCGGAACCAGCGGAGGCGGCGCCGGUUGCGUCAUUGCCCGACGAUGGCGAGAUGCCGGAACGCCAGAAGUGGGCCAACAAGGUGGAGUUCAUCCUGUCCUGCAUCGGCAUGUCCGUGGGCCUGGGCAACAUCUGGCGGUUCCCGUACAUGGCCUACGCCAAUGGGGGAGCCGCCUUCCUGAUUCCUUACACCAUCCUGAUGAUCACCGUCGGCAAGCCCAUGUACUACCUCGAGCUCGUGCUGGGACAGUUUCAGAGCCUGGGACAGACGCACGCCUUCAACUGCUUCCCGCUCUCUAAAGGCGUGGGCGUAUGCAUGACGUACGCGUGCUUCUUCAUCUGCCUGUACUUCAACGUGCUGCUCGCGUACGCCCUAGUGUACAUGGUGCACUCGUUCAAGUCACCGCUUCCCUGGAGCAAGUGCGAACCCGAAUGGGCUGACAACAACUGCUUUGUCCGGGACACCGACAUCAGCUGCCGAGCCAUAGAGCAUGACCUCUACAGAGUCUUCGGCACUAUGAAUGAGAAGACAAACACCUCGAUCAUAUUGUACCACAAAGGCAUCGAGUUCUACGUGCCCAACGCGGUCUACUUGAACCUGACGCAGGGCUGCACCAAUGCCACGCAGACAGCGGCCGAGCAGUUUUUUUACAACAGCGUGCUGAACAUCAGCGGCGGCAUUGGCGAGCCAGGCAAGAUAAAGCUUGACCUCACUGUCAGCCUGUUCAUCGCCUGGGUCUUCGUCUGUAUAGCCUUGCUCAAAGGAAUCAAGACAUCGGGAAAGAUAGUAUACUUCACCGCCCCCGCCCCGUACUUCAUUCUAAGCGUGCUCCUGAUCCGAGGUCUCACCCUUCCCGGAGCUGGCACGGGGAUCGCCUAUCUGUUCAUCCCAGACUGGGAGAAGAUAUUAUCCGGCUUCGUAUGGCAGCAAGCUUGCCAGCAGAUUUUCUACUCGCUUGGUGCCUCUAUGGGUACCAUCAUAUGCCUGGGCAGCUUCAACGACUUCCGCAACGACCUCCGCCGAGACAUCAUGAUCAUCACGAUGGCCGACUUCUUCACGAGCAUCUCGGGCGCCCUGGUUGUGUUUGCCGUGCUGGGAAACAUGGCCCACAACCUGGAUCUGCCUGUAUCCAGCGUCGCCGAGAAAGGACACGGCCUGGCCUUCGUGGCGUACCCCGAAGCAGCCAGUCUGAUCCCGGGCUCCAACCUGUGGGCCUUCGCCUUCUUCCUCAUGCUACUCCUGCUCGCAGUCGACAGUCAGUUCGCCAUGUUCGAGUCGUUCUUGGUGCCCCUCAAGGACGAGUUCAAAUUUCUCCGGAAGUACCCGGCCACGAUGUCCAUCGUGACUUCAGGCAUCAGCUUCGUUCUGGGCAUAUCCAUGACGACGCAGGGUGGCUUGUACGUCCUCAACCUAAUCGACACGUACAUCGGUGGCAUGAUCCUGCCCAUAAUCGCAAUCAUGGAGCUGUACACCGUGUGCUGGUUCUACGGCCCACGCAGAAUCUCCCUCGACGUUGAGUACAUGCUGGGCUCGCCUCCUGGUUUCUUCGUGAAAUUGUGCUGGGUGGCUAUUUGCCCGAUUGCGCUGACGAUCAUCGUGGCUCGCUCAAUCAUGACGCAUGGCCGCACUACGGACAGGGGCAUCCUCUACCCCCUGUGGGCCGACAUCGUCGGUCUCCUCUUCGUGGUCAUUGGUCUGGCGCAAGUUCCCAUUUUCGCCUACAUCUACGCCAGGAAGAUGAACUUCGACUGGGUGAAGUGUCUGAAGCCAGCCCGCGACUGGGGUCCCCAAGACCCGGACCUGUACGUGAACUACAUCCGUUUCGUUCGAAGGACGAGGCAUCGACAGGAGCGUCUCCGAGGCACACGUCGCCCGCGUCGAAGCCGAGGAAGAUGUCCCGAUAGCCUCCACUCAGGUCCUGGUCAGCCCGACGGUCGCUUCGCCCAGGGCGGGUUCCUGCGAGUCCCUGCCGUUCUCGACCAGAAACCGGUCGGAACCGCUACUGCCGCCAUCGGUCUUCCGGAACGUGUUCAUCAUGGGCAUGCCUUCGAGGGCCGAGGUUCCGACCGAGGAUGAGGUCAGUGUGGUCACCGCCAUGGGUACGCCCAAGACUGACCCCACAAAGAAAGAGAAAGAGAACCCCAAGGCGUAGAAAGUGGACACGUGACCCUUCGUGUCAAAGGACGCCGUCAGUUCGACGUGAGCGUUGUCGCUCGCGGCCACGUCGGCGCGGACUCAAAGCGGGACUUGAAAGUCGAUUAAUAAAAACUCCGCGAGGCUCAGCGAGCCCCCGGCUCCG